GACAAUCCACUUCAUCGUGAUUCUGUGGUAUUCCAGAAGAGUGCCGUCCUCGGGGCUGUCAUUGAUAUGGUACAGAAGAUUUAAAAUCAGCUGAUGUUCACAAGGAAUAGAGUCACGUGAUGUAUGAAGGGAAACACAUACACUUCUCUGAGGUUGACAAUAAGCCCUUGUGCUCCUACAGUCCCAAACUCUGCAAGCAGCGACGACUCAACGGCUACGCCUUCUGUAUCCGACACGUUCUGGAGGAUAAGACUGCCCCCUUCAAGCAAUGUGAAUAUGUGGCCAAGUACAACAGCCAACGCUGCACCAACCCAAUCCCCAAGUCGGAGGAUCGGAGGUACUGCAACAGCCACCUGCAGGUACUUGGCUUUAUCCCGAAAAAAGAGAGGAAGAAAAAGAAUGACCCAAUAGAGGAGGUGAAGGUCCGCCACCAGAUGGAUACGAUGGCCUUCAGCCUCACGGUGCCCACGCUGGCCUUGAAGAUGCCCAACGGGCUGGAUGGGAUGUCCCUCUCUCCGCCGGGGGCCCGGGUCCCGCUCCACUACCUGGAAACGGAAUUGGAAGACCCGUUCGCCUUCAACGAGGAAGACGACGACCUGAAGAAAGGGGCCACCGUGAGGAAGAAGUUGCAGAGCAAGUUGGCCCAGAACCGGCAGCGCCAGAGAGAGACAGAGAUUUUAAAAGUUCGCCAAGAGCACUUUAGCCCCCCUCCUGCACCUUUGCAGCCGCAGCCUCCGCAGCAGCAGCCUCCGCAGCAGCCGCCGCCGCCGCAGCCGCCACGCUCCCAUCUGCCACCUUUAUCCACUAGCUCAAAGCCUCCGGGGCCGCCGCCGCAGGGCUUAGCCUGUAAGUCGCCUCAACCUCCGAACACCAGCCUACCAAUGCAGGGAGUGGCCCCAACCACACACACUAUAGCACAAGCCCGGCAGUUGUCCCACAAGAGAUCUCUGCCCUUCCUGCCACCCGGUAGGGCUCCUGUGACGGACCUGCCCAGGACCGACCGGGUCUCCAUGAAAGCCACAGCCUUCUCGCCACACUCAUCCGGCCUGAGUCGGCUGCAGAGACUGGUGAAACUGUGCACUUGCAAACAGCAGCUGGACACCGAUCUGUUUCCUCACUUAGGGCUGGAUUGGUCUGAAGAUAGUGGAGAGGAACUGGAGGAUUCAGAGCAAGCCUCGCCAUACCAGGUUGCAUGGUCAAUCCGAGAAACCCUUAGAUACGAAAGACAUGAGUCAGACGACGACGACACGGAUGAUAGGAGUUCCAGGGUGACCCAACUUUGCACUUACUUUCAGCAGAAAUAUAAGCACCUCUGCCGCCUGGAGCGGGCAGAAUCCCGUCAGAAAAAAUGCCGGCACACGUUUCGGAAAGCCUUGCUGCAGGCGGCCAGCAGAGAACCGGAAUGCACGGGGCAGUUGAUACAGGAACUCCGAAGAGCCGCGUGCACUCGGACCAGCACAAACCAGGCCAAGCUGAAGGAAGCAGAACCAGCCCCAUGUAGUGGAACGGUGAAGGGUGAACAGUGCACCAACAAGGCCCUUCCAUUCACCAGGCACUGCUUUCAGCAUAUCCUCUUGAAUCGCUCUCAGCAGCUCUUUUCAAGUUGCACGGCCAAGUUUGCAGAUGGGCAGCAGUGCUCUGUGCCAGUUUUUGACAUCACCCAUCAGACACCUCUGUGUGAAGAACAUGCCAAAAAAAUGGAUAAUUUCCUAAGAGGAGACAGCUCCCGAAAAGUUCAGCACCAGCAGCAGAGGAAACCCAGGAAAAAAACGAAGCCUCCUGCACUUACCAAAAAACACAAGAAGAAGAGAAGGAGGGGACCACGUCGGCCACAGAAACCCAUUCCUCCUGCGGUGCCCCAAGGGAACCUCAGCAUGCCCACCAGCGUCUCACUGCCAGUGGAGAUCACCCGGAUACGGAGCCCCUCCACACCGGAGCUGAGUACAGACGAGCUGCCCGAUGACAUUGCCAACGAGAUCUCAGACAUUCCACAUGACUUGGAAUUGAAUCAGGAAGACUUUUCCGACGUCCUGCCCCGGCUGCCUGAUGACUUACAAGACUUUGAUUUCUUUGAAGGUAAGAACGGCGACCUCCUCCCUACCACCGAAGAGGCCGAGGAACUAGAACGGGCCCUGCAGGCUGUAACUUCUCUCGAGUGCCUGAGUACCAUUGGGGUACUCACCCAGUCGGACGGUGUGUCAGAUAGAGGGAUAGGGGUGUUCUCCCCAGGCGCCGGAGCCCCAGGAAUGCAGUCGUUGAGCCGAGAAGUUAACGCCGACCUAGGGGAGCUGUUGAAUGGGCGUAUAGUGCAGGAUAACUUUUCCAGCCUCGAGCUGGAUGAGAAUCUGCUCCGUUCGGCGACCUUGUCCAACCCGCCUACGCCCUUGGCCGGGCCGAUCCAGGGACAGUUCUCUGCCCCAGCCAACGUUGGCCUUACUUCUGCCACUCUGAUGAGCCAGAGUGCGCUUGGGGAGAGAGCCUUCCCAGGACAGUUUCAUGGACUUCACGAUGGCAGCCAUGCCUCCCAGAGGCCCCUCCCUGCCCAGCUGCUGAGCAAGGCAGAUGACCUAAUCACCUCACGACAGCAAUACAGCAGUGAUCAUUCACACUCCUCGCCCCACGGAAGCCAUUACGAUAGCGAGCACGUGCCGUCUCCCUACAGCGAUCAUAUCACGUCCCCCCAUACCACACCCUUCUCUGGCGAUAACAUGGCAGCUACCUUCUCAGCAGACAUGCCCAUCAUGGCACAGCACUUGCUCCCAACCCAACUGGAGGGGCCGCUGGGCGGAGUGGUGAAUCCCAGAACUCACUGGGGGAAUCUCCCCGUCAACCUCGGGGACCCUUCUCCGUUCAGCAACCUUCUGGGCGCGGAUGGACACCUCCUUUCCACCUCCCUGUCCACGCCGCCCACCACCUCGCACUCAGAGACCACCCAGCCUGCCUUCGCCACUGUGACCCCCAACAGCUCCAGCGUGCUUCCGGGGUUACCCCAGACCAGUUUCAGUGGCAUGGGCCCCUCCUCUGCUGAACUAGUGGCCUCCACCUCUCCCAAGCAACAACUCCCUCAGUUCAGCGCAGCCUUCGGCCACCAGCUAAGUUCUCACAGCGGCAUUCCGAAGGACCUGCAGCCCAGCCACAGCUCCAUAGCCCCUCCCACGGGCUUCGCGCUAACAGGUGCCACAGCUACGAGUACCAAUAAUGCAUCUUCUCCCUUCACCACCCCCAACUGAGCGGGCCCGGCCGGCCGGCUGUGUCCGCAGGUGGGCGGGGACCCCGACUUUUCUCUGUUGCCUCUUUAUCGCUCUCCCCCGUUCUAUAAAGAGGAGGUAGAAAACAAUGAAAUAAAUGAUGGGUUGGGGUGGGGAGGGAGGGGCUGGCGUGUGUAUGUGUGUGUGUCUGUGUGUGUCUGUGUGUGUCUGUGUGGGUGGGUGGGCAGCUGGCUCAGUUGUUCCCCGGAGAAGUGAACUCCGGGGUUCAGGUGUGCUCCUUUCACACAGGUGCUCCUCUUCCCUGGCAGGUUCACCCCUGGGUUUUUCUUAGGGGUUCAACGCAGGGACCGGAUGUAAUUGACCUUAGCAGAAGGAUCUAGUAGAAAUGGGAAGAUACCUCAGAUGACCAGUGCCCGUUACACCAUCCUAGGGUUCAGAUCGAUGCUUCCCAUCCCUUUGCCGGGUUUGAUAAGAGGUCGCCCAAGGGGGAAGGCUCCAGUGACAGCGGUCCAGGUGAAAGGAAACUGACACGGCGUGUGGCUCCAGAGAUUAGGGCUACGUCAGGGCCCCGGGCCUGCUCAGACACUGAGCCCCAGGCUGAGUUUCCAUUCCUAAUUGGACCAUUUUGGAAAAGACAAAAAUGGUCUCAACCUCCUGUGUGUGUCUGUGUGUGUGAGCGCACAUGUAUGAAGCAGCCAUCCCCUCAUUUCUUCUCCCCUCCUCCAUUCAGUAAGGAAGAACUUCUUAGCAUCCUUCCUGCUCUUCUCCCCACCUUUCUCCCACCCUCAAUUUCCAACUACGUGAAUGGCCUCUUUUUAGUUGGGAACUCCGCCUCACGCAGGGUAGCAGAAGGACUAAAGGAAGGGAAACCCCAACAGUUGAAUUUGGUAGUUCAGAGCCCCCGUGGGAAAAACGAAACAAAGCAAAACAUCUCCAGCAUGGCUUGGCUUAUGUUAUUGGGUCUGAAAGUAACAAUAAUUUUGUCAUUUUGGAUGUGAGUGGGUUACCAGAUUUGGGUCGUAGAAUGCGUUUGCCCACGAUGAUGGGAGAGAUGAUUUGUGGGGAUGGUUGGUACUCAGCGAUGUCAGCCGGAAGAUGGGGGAAGUUAAGGGAACAGCCAGAGCUGUAUGUUGCUUUUGUAUAUUGCAAGUUAAAAGAGGUCCGUUCUUCAGAAUGACUUGUUAAGUGAGAAGUCUCUAUGUAUUUCCUGACUGGGGCAUAGUUUUCAUUUUUGUGAUUUUUCAGUCUGUCUCCCACUCAGAGAGGAGCUAUUAGAGAGAAGCCACCUGGUUCUGUUUUCUGACCCCUGGGGAGGGAACUUCUCUGCACCUCCUGUGUAGGAUUCAAAAUUGGGACCCACAAUCCUUUGAACGGGAGGGACUGUUUUUUACAUCCAGCUCGUAGAAUGGGGCUGCAGGAGUCUGGUAAGGCUGCCCGGGGCAGGUUUCUGAUCUCGAGGCGGGAACUGGGCAGAGCCCCGGAGCCCCUUUAGGAGUGAGGAAGCAAAACCAGGCAUUCCUUUUGGGCAGGAAAGGGGUUACAAAUAGCGUCUUCCCCACAGAGGAUUGGGCUGCCGGGAACAGGGUGGGGAUGCCUGGGUCCCAUUGUUAAUUCCGUCCCAGAGUCUGAAAAUGGGAACCAGGUGUCUUAAGCUGUUACCCUUAGAUGGCAAAGGGAUUCCACCCUCCUCCCCCCACCCCCAAACCCUAAUUGUAACCAAAGUUUACUGCAUCAUUAAAACCAUUUAAAUCCAAUCAAUAACAGACUUAGGUGCAAAUCAGAGUUGGAUCUAUUUUGUUCAGGGAGUUAAGGGAGAACACCCCCCCCCCCCACCGAGUGGGAAAUCCUCCUCACUUGGAAGGAAUUUUCAAAAUUACCCAAUAUUUAGGAUCGCUAAGGUUAAACGUUGUCGACUGGAUGGCCUGACAGGGUAAUGACUCUGAAGUUCAUAUGCGAAGGCCCUCUGUGUUUACCUGUUUGCAUUUCAGAGAAGGGUUGAAAUAGGUUUUAAAAAGCAAUUCUGCUCUGCUUUUGCAGAGGGGUUUCACUGUGCCACAGGAUGAAUUAUUGGCUCUCGCUAACCGAAUCUAGCCUGAUUUCUAAUUUUCAUUUUUGGACACAUUAGUAGAAGGACUCUAUCCUUUUGUCAGGGAAUUUGUCAGGGAACCCUUAAGUUUAAUUCCGUCUUAACGGGGAAAGAUUUGAAUGCAUCGUUUCCCCUUCAUGAAUAUGAUCCUCUUUAUGCCUUGUUAGUGUCAGCCCCUUUGGACACUUUGUUUAAAAGAAUAGUUGUGAUCAUUUUGCAUUAUGCUGAAACCCCGUGUGACCCAGUGGAAGAGAGAUCACUCUCUCGUGGGCCUGCCGAAAAAUCUGUCUUGGACGUAUCAGGAAAUCGAGUUUUUAAUGAACGUAAUUUUUUUAGAUGGGGCCUAAGUAUAUUUGUAACUUUUAAUUUUUAAAUCAUGGAAAAAUGGGUCCAGGUAAAGAAUUUUAUUUUUAAAUGACUUUUCUGCAGAAGAAAGUCCUCAUUUACAAAUUAUAUCACAAAGCAUAUUGUUUUGUUUGCCAUCAUCCCAUGGUUUUCUGUUCAAGUCCCGGAAAGGUGAGGACAGAUGCUUGAUUCCACUGUUCAUCACCUGCCAGCUGUAACGGCUCCUAACGGCUCUAAUAUGCAGGGAUAAUUAUCGGAGUUAGCCGCAGCCCAGAAUGUGUAUGGUAUCGUUUAGUUGGCCAAAGCACAGCAUGGUAAGAGUAUCAUUUGCUCAGUUGUAGCUGAGCCCCACUGCAGAAAAUCCCGCUGUCUGUUAACUAAAGUUGGCAGCAAAGCGGCCUGUGUGCAUACAUCCCUCACCCCUCGAUCUUAUAUUUGCAUUUUUAGGUUUUCUGUACUUGUCCCCUGGCUGCUAACAACACUUCUGGGAACAGAUUAAGCGUGUAGGGCAUUGCACUUUGGAUCGUUGCUCGCAGCUCUCCAUUCGGGGGUACGAAGCCCCUUCUUUGUUUGCCGGUGAAGAACGUAGCCAGGGACAGCUUCACACCAAAAACUUUGGGGAAAAACUAGUGCUCGUGAAGAAUCUCCUCGGAGCGUUGAGGUGCAGGGCCAGGGCUGGUUGGGGGUGGGAAGGGGAGAAGAACCCCUCAGGAUAGGUCUCCCCCGCACCCACCUCAAAUCAGGCCAAUUAACUUUUGAUAAGCUCCACUUUUAACCAUCUGCCUAUUUUGGUCCUCUAGUAGCACUCAGGUGCUCUUGAAAGCGCAAAUCCAUCCUGCUGUGCCAGAAUUGAUCACCCUUUCCUUCUUACCAAAGAGUCAGGGUAACCAUUCUAAUCUAUUGGUAGAUAGGAUCAUUAGUGUGUAAACGGAACGAAGUGAAACUUACUUGGUUCCUUCUGCUUAAAAAUGAGCCACUGUAUAUAGCUUUAGGGACUCGUAGGGUAAUCCUGGCAUGGAAAGCAAUUGGGCAUAAACUAUAUUCAAGUGUGGUUUUGGAUGGAAAUUAGGUAGUAUUCUCAACCCAGACACAAAGGACUUUGGGGGAAGUGCACUCUGUGUGUCUGUCCCUCCUCCCUCUCCUCCACCCCACCUUGCCUCCUCCCCCACCCUGGAAAAACAACAACAAAAACUUGAUUUGCUUCUGAGCUUCUGUGGUAGCUUAGGACCAGUUGUAAAGGCCAAUUAAGUGCAGUUUUUACUGGACUAGUACAAAGCUGCUGGAGCUAAUAAUGGGUGUAAUCAGUGCAGGGGAAUCCAAAUUGCCAUUUCAGUGUAUUCAGUGUCAUUCAGGCUAUCUGAUAUCCGAGACAAGGUUGCAUUUUCUUUCCUUUACCAUCACCUAUUACAGUUGUUUAUGACAUUUUAAUUUAAAUAUUCAAGGUGUCGUUUUCCCGUUGUCUGCAGAAUUGGCUUAGCUAUUUGCACAUCUGGUUCAGUUAUUUAACUAGUAAACAGUUGUUCAAAAUAAUGAAUGGCAGUUUAACUUAACCCCCACCCCCUACCCCCAACCGACUAUGCAAUGGACGUUUAUUAAGUGAAGGAUUAUUUCCUCAAGUCACCUACGAUUGAGAUAAAACUUUAAAAUAAUUUAUUGAGCAAUUUCACGUCGAAAUGUAGAGACACCUCGAGUGUCCUUCUGCUAAAGGAUUAUAAUUGAUUGAAAAACAAUCCGCAGUGAAACUUUAUUAUCCAACAUCCUUGUCAAAUGCAAUAAUUUCUGAUGAACGGCGUGGUGGCUGUAUUCUUGAAGAUCGUUGAGGAAAUCACAGUAGAGUAGCCAGUGGUCUGGGAAUUAAUGGGUGAGGGAGUAGGUGGUUCAAGAUCCCACCAUAACUGGCAUUUUUUAAUAGACAGUCCUAUGGUAUCCUGUUCACCACUACCAGACUGCUUUUCACCCUUGGCACUCUCUUGAAUACUUUAUCGUUGUAGAAACAGCAAAUACUAUACAGUGAGGCUGAGGCCAAGUCUGGGAACCGAAGCAGCAUCCUAUCAGGCCUUGACCAGUGCCAGGCCCACAGAUACGUACAACUGUUUCUUCUCCCGCUGAAUCUACGUGCUCUGACCCGUGGGUGGUAUUAUCCCCGGAACAAACUCACCUCGUGGAAAGAAGGUUCACCCCAAAAGCCGGAAAGUCAAAUUGGUAAUUUUAGUUUUGUUAGGUAGAAUAAAGCCCUUCCUCAACAAAGACUUUGUUACAAAUUAAUCCACUGGAGGAAAAUGAGUAGUUGGUAAGAAAGAAAAUAGGAUAUCCAAAAACAGGCGUGUGUCCCUCUAUAGGAAUUUUCCUCCAGGAGUGUUGCUUGUCUCAUAAAAAUUGUCUUCCAAGCUAAUGAACAGGUUUAGCUAGGCUUUUUAAUUCAUCCCCCAAAUUUGAAUUUUAAUCCGAUAGGGGCUUGAGAUUCCAAGUGCUAUAUUAACAGAAGCAGUAUUAUUUAAAACUUCAAUACAAAUUAUUUUGCUUCUGCUUUUAAUCCUUACUAAGGCUAUGAGAGGUGUGUGUGUGUGUUUGUGUAUGUGUGUGUUGGUGGGUGCAUGGGUAGGGAGUUAGUGUGGAGAUGGGGUGGGGGGAUGAGGCUCCUAUCUACAAACCCAAGAGUAAGUGUUGUGGGAAGUAGUUGCAAAAAGGACAGGUAAGAAGGUUUACAACACUAAUUAUUUGAAAAGUUUGAAAUUAUUUUUUUUUUUACUUUAUAUGUAGAGUCUGGUUUUUUUCCUCCUGUUCCUCUACCUCUUUUCCCACCUCUGUAAAUAUGCCAAACGUUUUAAAGCUGAUGAAUCUCUGUACGUCAUCUAAUGGAAAGAUAGCCUAAACAAUAUUAUGUAUCGAACAGCUAAACGACAGUGAAGAGGGUUCUCUUGGAUGCAUAAGAAAUUGAAUGUCACAUGAAAUUUCUUAUUAUUUCUCCAUCUAGUUGGCUAGCUACUUAGCAACUGGAUAAAUGCUUAGUCUACAAAUUGGAAAGACUUUAGUAUUCAUUCUGCUAUCCUCAGGAAAAAUAGGACAAUUGUACAACUUCCUCUUUAUAAAGUAAAUUGUAAUAAGGUUCCCUCAAACUCAUACUUCAUCAAAACAAACUAUGUUGGAAAGAAUUCAAACGGGCCUCUUUAGAUAUGGAAUCUAACAAAGGGUUUUCUAGGAAAUAUGAGUUAGAGAGAGAGAGAGAGAGUGUGUGUGUGUGUGUGUAGAUAAAAUGUUUGAGUGUGAACAUAAGAAUUUUGGAAGGAGAACUGAAAACGGGCAUUUCUCUUCUAUAUGCUUAUGGUCAUACCUAAACCUGAAACAGGUUUCAGGAAGCUUUAUUUCUAAGGAUUUAAAAUUUUUCCUCACUUUUGCCUGUGUCUUCAUUAUUAAUCAGCCUUACUACGUGGCUUUUGCCUUCGAUCCCUCAAUACCGUGUUGCUGAGGUUACACGGUUACAUGUUUAGCAUCCGGUGGAAUUAGACCACACAUAGCAGUUAGGUAGAAUUUGGUAGCAUUUUGUUUUCCUAAAUCCUCAAACCUUGUUGGGUUUUUUAAAAAAAAUUUUUGGUCAAUUUGUGUGGCUUAUUUGUUGAUCUUUUCUGUCUCUUUACAAGUAAAUGUUGAAAAAAAUCUGUGUCCGAAAUCAAGAAAACUAUAAAAUAAGCUAUGUAAAACUG